AUGCCGAUGUUGCGACUGAAAACCAUCUUCCCCCUCGUGGCCCUCUUCUCCAUUGGGUUCUUCUUCUGGGCCAUGGAGCGGUUUGAUCGCACUGCCUUCGUUCGUUUCAGACACCCCGUGGAUCGCGUGUCAACACCACCUCCUACCGCGCCUCAGAUUCAAUUGCAACAGUCUGAAACUCCUCCCCCCUCUUCCUCGUCCUCGUCCUCUUCCAAGGCCUGCGGGUUCGAACCGGCUGGUCCCCCGUCCAUGCCCUUCACCGAAUGGCUUCAGCGCAAGAACUACACCCGCAUGUACUUCCGUCCUCAGCAUGUGAACCCCAGAACCGAGUUCCGCUCGCUGGAGAGCAUCGAGCAGCCGGUCAUGCCGCCCAUGUCUGUCUUGGAACGAGGUACUAUCGUUGCGCAAGAAAACGAGGAUCCUUCGCUGCCUUGUCCAUCGGUGAUCGACGUCGAUGUGGCUGCUGAUGACACUAUGGAUGAGACUUCGAAGAUGCUGUUUGGCUUGGCCACCACGGCUGACCGUCUGGACCGUCUCCUUCCUUCUCUGCUCUACUCCUAUGGAGGCACCAAGGCUGGUCUGGUCGUUCUCGUUCCCGAGAGCGACGAUGACAUUCCCAAGCAGGAGACCUACUUCCGCAACCGUGGCUUGGAUGUGCGCUUGAUUCAGUCCCCCCUGGACUUCACUGCUCGUUACUUUGGUAUGGUCGAAGCAUUCGCCAACAUCAUCCGCACGGAGCGUCCUCAGGUCCAGUGGCUUGGUUUUAUGGAUGAUGACACCUUCUUCCUGUCUCUCCCCACCAUUGCUGAAGAAUUGAAACUCUUUGAUGUGAACAAGAAGCACUACAUUGGUACGCUCUCCGAGGCCAGCUGGCAGGUUGACACCUUCGGUCACAUUGCUUUCGGUGGUGCCGGUGCCUUUGUCUCAAAGCCAUUGCUCGAUGUUCUCGAGACCUACUAUGAUGAGUGCCAGUCCUGGGGUGAGCAACCCGGUGACCAGAAGCUCGGUCAGUGCAUUCAGCGCUUCGGAGAAACCCCUCUUACUCUCUGGCCCUCUUUGUUCCAGAUGGACAUGAAGGGCGAAGUCGACGGUGUGUACGAGUCCGGUCGCAAGAUUGAAUCCAUGCACCAUUGGAACAGUUGGUACACCAAAGACGUGGUCAAGAUGGUCACCGUUUCGGCUGCUGCUGGUCGCAAGUCGGUCCUCCGCCGCUGGGUUUUUGACCAGGAAGAAUACAUCAACGAGGCUACCGGUGGCUCGAUUCGCCAGUUCUGGGUCAUGACCAACGGUUACUCUCUUGUGAAGUACACCUACGACGAAUACACCCCUGACGAUGCGAUCAACUUCGACCACACCGAGAAGACGUGGGAAGAAGACCCCCGUGGUUACGAAUCUCGUCUUGGUCCUCUCCGUCCUAAGGACCAGGAGGGUGUCACCAAGGAUCGGUGGUUGCUCAAGGAAGCGUUUGUUGUCGGAGACAACGUGCACCAGUGGUAUGUGCGUGAGGAGGAUGAAGGCCACAGCGUAAUUGAAGUUGUCUGGCUCGGCCCCAAGGGUGGCGGCGGUGCUGGUGUUGGUGUCGGUGGAUAUCUCAAGGCUCCUUAA